AUGAUUGGCCAAGCCAUGCGGCAAACUUCGGAUGAUUUUUUGCACGAGAUUUUCGGUAUGGACGAUAUGCAGGUCGAAGAUGCGCCUACGUCUGGUAGUGGGCAAACAGAACCAACACCAACUUCAAUCGACUAUCGAAAACUAUACAACGAAUUACGAGUGAAAUCUAAGACACUCAUUCGCGAAAAUGAAUAUUUGCGAAUCAAACUAAAGACGAUACAGUCCCAACUGUUCCAAAUUGCGCGUGAUCGUAACUACUUGUUGGACCAGCUGCUUACAUACCAACAGCACACCAGCACGCCAUCGACAAGCUCCAGCAGCUCAGAAACGGAUGCAGUGGAGGAUGAGGCUUGCGCUACGACAACGAAAUCAAACCGUUCACGUUCGAGUGCCGCAAAGAAAAACAGACGACUACAAUGA